UUUCGAACAGCUGAUUGUCAGACAACAAAAAAAUUAAAGAAGCUUUUCAGUGUUUUUUCGCGCCGAGUGCAUGAGUACGGGGAAAACAUAACAUUCUAGUCUUAGGGGAAAAAUGCUACACUUCGCACAAAGAGUUUUUUAUGUUUUAGUUUCGGUAUUAACUUUUGUUUCUGUAAAAUGUGGAGAUGUUUACAAAAUAGGUGUUGGAAUAGCAGACAUCACCGGUCCGGCAGCUGAAAUUAAUAUGAUGGGAUACGCCCAACUUUCUCAGCGUACCGGGGGCAUUCAUACUCGCUUAUACAGUCGGGCAUUUGUAAUAGACGAUGGUAAAUCCAGAAUUUUAUUUAUUUCCUUAGACGCCGGUAUGACGUCACAGCUCAUUUACCUUGAAGCUGUUAAGGCUCUUCAAAAAAAGUAUGGAAACUUGUAUACUGAUAAAAAUGUAUGCAUCAGCAGUACGCAUACUCACUCGGGACCGGGAGGAUUUUUUCAAUACGCACUGUACAUAAUCACAUCUCAAGGUUUCAUCAGGCAGACGUAUGAUUGCAUGAUUGAUGGAAUUUUAAAGAGUGUUGAAAAUGCGCACAAAAACAUGCAACCAGGAUACAUUUUUCACAAUGAAGGACAUCUUUACAAUGCCAGUAUUAACAGAAGUCCAACUUCCUAUUUAAACAACCCAGAAGAAGAAAGAGCCAUGUAUGACUCAAACAUUGAUACAAAGAUGACUCUUUUAAAAUUCACAGACGUUAAUCGAAAACCCAUAGGCAUGAUCAACUGGUUCGCCGUUCAUUGUACCAGUAUGAACAACACAAAUGAUUUGAUUAGUAGUGACAAUAAGGGUUAUGCAUCUUUGCUUUUUGAGAAGAAAAUGAAUCAAAACGCUCUUCUUGGAAAAGGUCCAUUUGUAGCGGCAUUUGCUCAAGCAAACGAGGGUGAUGUUUCGCCAAAUACGAAUGGUCCUAAAUGUAUAGAUACAGGAUUGCCAUGUGAUCAGGACACCAGCACAUGCAAUGGCGAAAAUGAGAAAUGUAUAGCGUUCGGUCCUGGUAAAGACAUGUUUGAAAGCACAGAAAUCAUAGGACAAAAGCAAUACGAAAAAGCUUUGGAAUUGUUUGAAUCGGCGGUUACUCCGAUUUCUGGACCUGUUGGAUACACUCAUCAAUUCAUCGAUAUGUCUCAAACAACAGUCAGAUUAAAUGAAACAACAAACGCAACAACGUGUAAACCGUCUAUGGGUUACAGUUUCGGUGCCGGAACGACGGACGGACCAGGAGGUUUUGAUUUUAAACAAGGAACAAAAUCAGGAAGUAUGAUAUGGAAUUUAGUACGAGAUUUAAUUGCAUCCCCUAGUAAAGAACUCAAAGAGUGCCAAAAACCAAAGCCAAUUUUGUUACCAACAGGUGAGAUGACGUUCCCCUACCAGUGGCAACCAUUUAUAGUCCCAACUCAGAUAUUGAAAAUUGGGCAACUAGUAAUGGUGUCGGUUCCUGCUGAAUUUACGACUAUGUCAGGAAGAAGAACACGCCAUGCAGUGAAAAAGAUUUUGGACAAAUGCUCUUCUGUUGAUAAUAAAGUUGUUAUAGCUGGACUUAGCAAUACUUACUCGUCAUACGUCACAACAUAUGAAGAAUAUCAGGUACAACGUUAUGAGGGAGCAUCAACAAUAUAUGGUCCUCACACAUUGCAAGCAUACAUUGAGGAAUACAAAACAUUAGCAAGAGCUUUGUGUACAGGUGAAAAAUUACCUGACGGACCUAGACCAAAGAACCUUUUAGAUAAACAAAUUUCCCUGCAAGCUGGAGUCAUAUAUGACACAGCAUAUUAUGGAAAGAGUUUUGGCGAUGUUAUGAAGGAUGCUCAAAGUAAAUACUAUCCCGGUGACGAAGCAAAUGUAACAUUCGUCAGUGGACAUCCAAGAAACGAUCCUAUGCUUGACAAUACAUUUAUGACCGUUGAAAGGUUAGAUCCUGCGACAGGCAACUGGAGUGUCGUGGCUACUGACUCAGAUUGGGAAACAAAAUUUCAUUGGGUAAGAACAAAUAUGCUGUUAGGUCACAGUGAAGCAACAGCUAGUUGGCAUAUUCCAGAAGAUGUUAAACCAGGCAAAUACAGGAUAAGGCAUUUCGGAUACAGUAAAAGUAUAUUCCAAAAAAUUACACCAUAUAAAGGAGCUUCAAGUAUAUUUUUAGUCAAAAACAGUGUAAAUAAAUAUCUAUAAGUUAUGUAA